AAAUUCUUGAUACGCCAUUACAGAAAUUUGACUAGAACGUCACGGCCUGCACUGGCUGCCUGAGCUCUGAACUUGAUAAGCUGUUGGAGAAGAGAAAGGUUACUACUGAAUUUGUGGAAGUUCUGUUCUGUGCUAAAGUUUCGAAGACACAACUUGGGAUAGCUGGAUAGUAUCACAACUUUGUUUGUUCUCGUUUGCCAAAGUUUCGAGCAGCUAAAGAUCCGUCUUCAUUUGAAAAGUUCCUGUUUUGAAAAAUGGAGAAAAAACCUCCAAGGAUCGUGGUCUCUCACGAAGAGAAGCCGUCGAUGUCGAUGAGAAAUCAGACGUUUGCGUCCAGAAUGUCAGCCAUGGGAGAGAACUCUCUAUCUCGGCUACCACAUUCGACGCGUCUGCUCUCCGUGGACGAAGUUAUGUCGCUCAUGACUAAUGCUGAGAAGCAGGCUAGCGGCCCACGCUUCCACACUUCGGACUAUGGAGGUUUUCGGCAGCACCGAAUCGCCUCGGCUGACGGAGAUCUGAACUCCCAGGCAAUAAUGGACGAGAACAGCGACCUUACAUCAGAGGGAACGCUGUCUCGGUGCACCAGCACAGACAGGAUAUCGCUUGCCGAUGGGCAAGUUGAGGAACGUUUCCGUGUUGACAGACGCAAGCUGGAGGCAAUGAUUCUCGGUUAUGGCCACCACCGAUACCGACAUCCGGUAUCCCAAGCUGCUGAAAGUUGGUGCGAGGAACCGCAAGGAUCCACACAUCCGUGUGGUCGGGACACCUGAGAAUGUCUCCAUAGCGAGCAUGAUGGUCCGCCAGCAGCUGGAGCCCCACAACAAGAUCACCAUGAAGAUGGACGUGUCUUGGACUCACCACUCCCACAUCAUUGGCAAGGCUGGCAACACCAUCCAGCCCGUGGUGCGCCGUACGGGCGUUAGCAUCCAUUUCCCCGACGGCAACAAGAACAACGAGACGCGCAAGAGCAACCAAGUCUCCAUCAACAGCCGUGGCGAGGAGCUCGGCGGUCUCGAGGAUGCCCGAGCUUCUAUUCGACAGCUCACGCCGCUUGUGUUUUCUUUCUCAUUCAAAGCCAAUGCAGAUUUCAUCGCGAUCUCUGAGCCGAACGCUCUUGUCCAGCAUGUGCAGGGUCUCUUCAAUGUUCAGGUGGAGCUGUGCGUGACAGUAGACGUGGACCCCCAGAUUGUAGGCAGCGUGCGGGGCAGCGAGACAGACGUGACGCGUGUAAAGGAAGCCACGUUGACGCUCCUCCAGACCCUCUGUGGUCCCAUCGCUAGCCACCUGAAUGUACAGAUGAAGGUGGAGGUGUCGCCGCAGCAUCAUUCCUUUGUGCUGGGCCGCAACAACGAGACGCUAAGACGCAUCAUGCAGAGCACUGGCACCACGAUCUGUUUCCCGGACUCGAACGACACAGACCUGCCGCCGCUGCAGCGCAGCUCUGUCGUCAUAUCAGGCGCCAUCGAUAACGUCUACGCAGCGCGACAGAACAUCAUCGGAGCGCUGCCCCUGGUGCUGAUGUUCGAAGUUGCUUCUGAUGCUGUCACCCCCGACGAGAUGGCGCAGGUCAUGCAGAGCUUCAACCUCGUCAUCGUCCCGAAGGCUCCUCGUCCUGAUGGCCGCCGUCCGGUCGUCAUCAAGGGCGCCGAGAAGGACGCAGCUCACAUCUACGAAGCGUGGAAGCUUGUGACCCGCAGCGACAAGCGGCUGCCGUCGGUGCGCAUCCCGCCAUCGUACCACAUCUCGCAUACCGCCCUCCCGCAUACCACCCUAGGCAGACCUGGCAUGUGGGGCGGCGUCCCACCUCCUCUGUCUCGGACGUCCAGCGGCCCCAUGACCCCCUUCCCAUUCCCCACCAACUUGCCCUCCCCUCUCUCCCCUGCCUUCCCUCCUGCAACACCUGGCUUCCCCAGCUCCCCCUCAUUUAACCUCCCCAGUACCUCCCCCUUGCUGGGUGCCCUUAUGCGCGGUGGACACUCGCCCCUCUGGCCACCCUCUCAGUCCAUGUCUACCCGAUUUCCUUUCCCCGCCCCCCGCUCUGGCCAGUUCUAUCAUGCGGAGGGAACUAGCAACUUCUACGCGAACGUGGCUGCGUUGUCUAAUCUUUCGUCAAAUUCACCGAGCUACAUGGCGCAUGACAACAACGUGUUCGGGGUCAACAAUAGUGCUCAGUAUGGCGCUGGCUACGGCUUCCCCACUGGCGACCAUCUCAAUAAUAACUAUCUCAGUCUCAACAACAACUAUUAUGGUAACCGAAGUGCUUUUCCCAUGGCUGCUAACCCGGUGAAUUCGUCCGCUGAUGACGGCAACGUGCAUUCAUACGAUAAUGUUCAGUCGCGUCAACAGCUUCAGCUGUUGCAACAGCAACAGCAACAGCAGCAGCAACAGCACGCAGCUCAGGGCAGACCAGACGAGUCAGCGAGCGGGGGAAGCUGCAGCAGCAGCUGUGGGGUCGUUUCCCCCAGCACGAGCUCGCCCCAAGAGUCUUCCCCACGAGACUCUUCCCCUGAGAUGGUAGUGCUGGGACACAUCCAGUCCCCGCCUGGCAUGACCAAGUUCGCCCCUCCGCAGCCUACCAGCGGCGGCGCUUCCCCAGCACUCAAAACCUCGUCAGCGGCGCCUGCCAGCUCCGCAGCCCAAGGCGCUCAGGCUAACUUCAACACCUCGGACAGCGCGACACGUUCCAGAGACCUGAGUUCGCUGUUGUCGGAGUUCCAGGACAGGAGAGCCCCUGGUUGCGAGAAAGAGCUGCAACAAGCCAUGCACAAGCUUUCCGUCUCCGAUUACGAGGCCAAACAGAUCCUUGCUAAUAAAGCAAUGCGGGAACCAGUGGGAGGUACCGUACGAGUGCCCACUUCGAACUGGUCAGGGUACGGCUUCAGUAAAAGCUCGCCGUCGUAUCCUUUGAGACAGCAGUUCCAGCAGGCAGGACUCCUCAAGAAAACCGUAGACCGAACGUCUGCUGCGACACAGUCACCCACCGGGGCGGCUCAAGAUAUGACUGGUGCCGCGGUGUCGGCUGACUGGACGGCUUCGAAGGCCCAAGCUCACUUUACGUCAGACGCCGUGGCUUCGUCUGCUCAGUUCCUGCAGUACGAGCGUCUCAUGGCUACGACCGAAGCCCAGCGAAUGACCGAGCCUUCUUCCCUACCUCAAGUUGAGGCUCCGUGCGCCAUGACUGCUGGAGCGCCUGUGGAAGAAGACGAGUGGCUGAGCGCUGCGGGCAAGUGGAGCGGCAAUGACGGCAGCGGCGCGACCGUGGCGAGCGCUGUAGAUUCUGGCAUCGCGGCAUCCAUCAGCUCCAGCAACCAGGCCAGUCUGACGCUGAGUGACCCCGAGAGCAGCGACGGGAUCGGCCACAGCGCCGCUUCUUCCUUCGGCAGCGUGGGCGCAGCAGCUCUACACAGCGAUCACCAGAUACACCAGCUUGGGACUCGCUUUUCAGCGAGUAACUUGCACGAGUUCACGUCGGGCGCUGGUCGCUUCUGGACCACAAGACGUGCCGCCCAUUCUUCUCAGCUGGAGCUGCCGGCUCUGCUGGAGAGCAUGUCGCUCUCGCAAUAUAUCGAUGUAUUCAACUCGCAUGAAGUCGACCUGCGCACUUUCUUAACCCUCAACGACGACGAGCUCAAGGAACUUGGUAUUGGGGUCUUCGGGCAUCGCAAGCGGCUGCUCUUCGCCAUAAAAAAUUUUACGAGCUUCCUGCCCGAGCUGAGCAGCGCCGAAGGAGAUGCUGAUCAACAACGGCAUCAGCAGCAUCAGGCUGGUACUAAACGCUCUCCUCCUCACGAUGCUGCUCCUAAAACUGUCACGUGGAAUUGCUGACGUUGUAGGGCGCAAUUGAGACAAGUAGGACCUCUGAUGACCGAAAUAGAUGCUGUUACUUUGAAAAAAUUUGCAGCUGUUGCCUGAAAUCCAGCGUGAAAUCGUGAAAAGGUGGUGCGUGAAAUCCGUCGCUUCCUAGCUGUUGGUUUUGAGUGACUUCCCUCGUUCUUCAUUUGAGUUCAGUUCUGUUUCCUUCCUCUGCAUGGUAACUAGAUUAUUAGCACGGGCAAAGAUAAUCGUAACACAUGUAUUUUUCUUCCCGUUUUAAUCUUCGUCCCAACUUUUUUGACAAUUUAUUUUCACCUACAAGCACAAAUGCGUUCUCGACCUCUUUAAUCUGUCCACUGAUGAAUAUUAUUUUUCGGCAACAGUGGUUAUUGACGUCAAACUUGCAUGUAUAUGCAGUAACGUUUAUUAUGAAGUUUGUGUACAAUUUCGGUUACACCCUUACGUAGUUUCCGCAUUCUGGAGUUCCUGGACUCGGUGACCUGAAGUACUUGAGAAUGCUUAUUCAUCAACGGAGCUGUAUGCUUUAAAAGUUCAAUUGUUUCGUUCACUCUUAUAAGUACUUAGUGUAGCAAUGAUAAUUUUCUUCGUACUUGACGGUUAGUCUCUUUAAAUGUUUCUUGACGUUAGCAGUUCUCAACAAUGCUACUCAAUUCCAACGUGUAUGAUUUGAACGUUUCUGUUGAUCUCGGAUCUCUAGUUUUUGACUCGGGUGCGCGAAGUAUUCAAAGUACUCAAGUUUCGCUGCUGAAGUUCCCCUAGUGCUCUCUCUCUCAUGACUUUACGGUGUCGAUGUGUUCGAAUCCAGCGCUUCGCUCGCUUUGGUGACCGGCAGUGUGCCGGAAUUUGUCUGUGAUACAUUUUUUGUGAGGGUUAAAUGAGCGUGCGAACUUGAACCGAGUGGUUUACAUGAACUCUGAUGUCAGUCCCUUAGACAUACCUCAAUGCCAAUCCAUUACCUGGGAUUUGUAUUUGUAAUUUUUACUUCUCUGGCCUCCAUAACAAGGAAUUUAGAUAUAGACGAUUUACAUUUGAUACUGUAGAUUAUCUGCGUAACAAUUUCAUUCAAUUGACUAAAAUAGCAAAAAUUUUCAGUUUAGUUAUGAAGUGACUAUUGCCCAUCGAUCGUAAGUUAAUGUAACGCAUCAAGUUAUGACAACAGAUUCUCUCUUGAUUGAAAAAAAAUCAGUUGGAAAUGUUACUUUUGACGAAAUUUAAGUUACUUUUCGGUUCUGAUUUUACUACAUUUCGACCUCUUGACCAUGAACAAAAAAUUUUAUCUUCCAUUGAAACUAUUUAGCGCUUUCCACCGACCGAGAUGUAGACUAUCCAAGGAGAUCAUUGGUGUCGGAUAUUUUAGAGCAGGAAACCAUACAUUUAGUUGAUGCUGUUUAUGGACGAGUUUGGUGGUGGCGGCCCUGGGGGACAGAGUUGCUCACGAUGCAUUCACGAUGCCAUUUAGUGGUAGCUUGUGCCUAUUUUCAAAGUUUUUGAGUUUCGUUAUCGCUCUUAAAGACUAACGCGUUUGUUAAUCCCUGUUAUUUUUGGUGGGUUACACCUCAGUAAAGUUAUCCUCCAGAAUUUGAUUUACUAAUUUUAGUUUUAACGCGUGUACGUCUGAAAUAAAAUCACUUUUUAUCAUCCUGAAUGCAUUUGAAGCAACGGUUUUCGGGGCCUGUCGUUCACUUUCGUUUCAGUAGGAAACUUUCGCUUCAAGUUUUUGUGUUAAUUAGAUAGGUUUUUCGUCCCGGACUUAUGACAAUGAAUUUAUUUUAGCUUCCUGUGGCAAAGAGUUUCGACUGAUGAGGGCGUUUUUUUCUUUUUGCAUUAUGAUGGUUUGAAGUUCCGUUUGCGUUGACGGUUUUGAUAAGCUUGGCUGCUUCAGCUUCUCUCGAGUCGCAUGCUGCUGAGAAGGUCUAUUUUUCAAUACUUCGUGGAAGAUUAUCUUCAUCAUCUCGUAAUUCAACUAUGCCUACAGAGAAUGAACGGAUGCCUGUAAUUUUAGGCGCAAAUUUUCAUGAUUGUGAUAUUUAGUUUUUAUCGGAAGAAUUUAGUAUGUCCUGUUCCUUAUUUUUUUCUUCGAAUGAUCCUUAGGAAUUAAACUCGUUACAGUUUC